AUGCCGACAACGCCGGGUUGUCCAACGACAUCAACCUCAACGAACUAUCCACGUCGGACAAUGUAUGACACCGUGGAACGGACUGACCUCACUCCUCUCCUGACCGACUCCAAUCACCCAACUGGCUGUGCCCAUCCUCACCCCAUUUUGAAACAGGGCAACAGAUGGGAACUUGCAUGGGGAAGCUUCCACGCCAUUAUUCUGAUGUAG